AGCUUGUCGGAACGCAUUACUAGGGCGACGGGCCGGACGCCUCCCCGCUUUGGGAUGAAUUAGCGGCGGGUUCAUCUCGGAGGUUGUGACCCCCACGGAUUCCCCAGCUCGCGCACGCGCACCCGUACGGUGUCGCGUGUCGUUCCUGCUGGUCACAGGUGGGAGACUGGAACUGCCAGAAUCAUGGUGUCAUGGAAAGGGAUUUACUUUAUACUCAGUCUGUUUUGGGGCAGCUUUUUUGGAAGCAUUUUCAUGAUGGGUCCCUUUUUACCUUUGAUGUUUGUAAACCCAUCUUGGUAUCGCUGGAUCAACAACCGCCUUGUGGCAACCUGGCUCACGUUUCCUGUGGCAAUGCUGGAGACCAUGUUUGGUGUAAAAGUGCUUAUAACAGGUGAUGCAUUUGUUCCUGGAGAGAGAAGUGUCAUUAUCAUGAAUCAUCGCACAAGAAUGGACUGGAUGUUCCUCUGGAAUUGUCUGAUGAGAUAUAGCUACCUCAGGUUGGAGAAAAUCUGCCUCAAAGCCAGUCUCAAAAGCGUUCCCGGAUUCGGUUGGGCCAUGCAGGCUGCUGCCUAUGUCUUCAUUCAUAGGAAAUGGAAGGACGACAAGAGCCAUUUUGAAGACAUGAUUGAUUAUUUUUGUGAUAUUCGUGAACCACUUCAGCUCCUCAUAUUCCCAGAAGGGACUGAUCUCACAGAAAACAGCAAGGCUCGGAGUAAUGAUUUUGCUGAAAAGAAUGGACUUCAGAAAUAUGAAUAUGUCUUACAUCCAAGAACUACAGGCUUUACUUUUGUAGUAGACCGUCUAAGAGAAGGUAAGAACCUUGAUGCCAUCCACGACAUCACGGUGGCAUACCCUCACAACAUUCCUCAGACCGAGAGGCACCUCCUCCAAGGCGACUUCCCCAAGGAGAUCCACUUCCACGUCCGCCGAUACCCGAUAGACACCCUCCCCGCGUCCAAGGAGGACCUCCAGCUCUGGUGCCACAAGCGCUGGGAGGAGAAGGAAGAACGGCUACGCUCCUUCUAUCAGGGGGGGAGGAAUUUUUCCUUCACUGGACAGAGUGUAAUUCCACCUUGCAAGUCUGAGCUCAGGGUCCUGGUGGUCAAGCUGCUCUCUAUGCUCUACUGGACCCUGUUCAGCCCUGCAAUGUGCCUGCUCAUAUACUCGUACAGCCUUGUUCGCUGGUAUUUUAUAAUCACCAUUGUCAUCCUAGUACUGCAGGAGAGAAUAUUUGGUGGACUGGAGAUCAUCGAACUUGCAUGUUACCGUUUUUUACACAAACAGCCACAUUUGAAUGCAAAGAAAAAUGAGUAAGAUUGUAAGAUUCACCGUGUAACGACCUAGGGAAUACUUUAGAAAUGUUGUAAGCCUUUGUAAACAGAUGCGUUUUUGCAUGACCUUGUCAGAUAUUUCUUACUAUCAUCAUUAUUCAUCAAAGAUAUUUCACACUUAGUUUUGUGGGAAAAUAUGGCUACACACAAUUUUUUUUUAAAAUCUCCGAAUGUAAUUUCAAUACACAUAGCAGGGAGCUAUCGCUGUGAAAUAACUCGGGACAGAGACAGAGUCCUCUUAAAUGAUCACCAGGCUAUUCGCAGACAAUGUACACACAAGAUUUUCUCCAAGGCCCAAUCCUGUUUCCUAACAAGAGGCGGAUCUGGGGCCCCUGAGCGAGCGCUGGCCCAGAUCAAGUGCUGGCGCUGGACUGUGGGCGAGGGCCUCCCUCCCAAACGCCUUUCUAUGCCAGUCAAACCAUCGCAUCCUUCCUUAAGACCAGAAACCAGAAAUCUCUCGUCCUUAAACUGACCAAACAUUUUGAUAGGAAGUCCUUCAUUAUUCAUAAAAUCUUGGCUUUUUGCCUUGUGCCAACCUAGGCGUCAGAAGACCACCUGUGCCCUUUUUUCACGUGGAAAAUAAGACCUGGACGUGUCUCAGGUAGCAACUGCAGGCUCUCCACUUAGAAACCUUAGUUUGAAUUUUUAAAGAUAGGAAUUACUACAGUUUAUUCCUUCAUUGCUACUUAAUCUUGCAUGCUCAGUACUGGUUUCUUUCCAGCUUGUGGGCAGGUAUAGCCUUUUCUACGUGAAAAACAGUAAAAAGUCACUUUUUUAAAGGAAAGCGUAGAACCUUCUGUUACUGCAGUCAGAAACUCUCUUGAAGUUACAUCUUUUGAAGUAUUUCUUUAAAACCCGCCCCAAAAAGGAAGGUUAGUGUACUUUCUACGUGAACAUGGGUCUCUAACUUCUGCCAUUAAAACAAUAACAACAAACAGGGCAGUAGUGGUUUAUCCCAAAUUAUUUAACCAGUGUAGCCUUGACAAAUUUUACUCUUAAAACCAAAACAACACCAAAAUGAAUUCAUUUUUUAAUGAUAGCAAGGGGCGGGGGGGGGGGGGGGCGCUCUCCUUUUUAGUCCAGUCUUCCUCUUUCAACAGUAAAAUUUAAACCCAUUUUUGACCAAUUGUUGGCCUAAAUAUUCCUGUCAUUUAAAGUCAGUGGAAAAUCCAGCACACCAACACUAACCUCCUUCUGAGGCCUGAAACGUGUGUGGUCACUGUUUCCACGUUCCCGAAGCUGGGCACUACUGUGCUGUGUGGUGAGGAUUCUGGUCAGAGCAGCAGGAAGCGUGAGGCAGUGACAAGUCUGGAGCUGCUGGCAAAUCUGUCAGCUUUCCUCCUGCUUUGACCCAGCCUCAGAAGCUAUUGUUUUAUGUACUCUUUGGGCAUGAAGACCUUCUCUUUAAUUACAUCUCAUUUUGGCUCCACAGUGACUUUGACCCAACAAUGGAAACGUGCAUUGCUGUGGCAGGUAGGCAGGGCGGGAGCUGAGCUUACCAGGCGGCUUCUUUUAGCGGAACUGGUUGCGGCAGACCGAUGUUGACACACAGCUCUGUUUGGGAGAGUAGCAGCAGUGCCUCUGCGGAAAAGCACCAACCUAUAUUUAACUGCUCCCUCAAGGCUGCUUUUAAUCCUGCCAGGAGCUACUAAUUAGCCAUUAUGUACAUCUGUUGCAAACCCAGCUGUAUAAGGAUAGUUUUUAAGGGUUUUUUUGCUGCUGUUGUUUUCUUAAUAAAGGAGGUUUCUAAUUUAGGUUUCUCUCCGACUUCCUUUGGUUAUAUUUGGAAACACAGAAAUAGUUUAACAGUCAGGAUUGCAUUUGUCCUGGGCAAAAGAGAAAAGCUGAGUUUCCACCCACCUCAGGUGUUUAUACUGUAGCUCCUCUGCCCUUCCUCCAACUUCUCAGAGCUCUUGUUCUUCAAGGUAUAACAUGUCCUCUUUAACCUUCUGAAACUUGUGAAAGGGGAAGUCUUUUUUUCUUUCUUUUUGAAAAAUGUUUUCUUUUGAUCAUACAAAAAUAGAUUUAAGAUAAAGUGGAAACUUUUUUUUACCUACCCCAAAUUCAUAAGCACUAAAACUGGGAAAUACAGACAUUACACUUUUAAGAAUUAGAAAUGAUAACUUCAGAAAGAAAAAAAGUUGCUUAUUUGUGUUUUCUUACACAUUGAUAUUUUUCUCUUAUUUAAAAAAAUAUAUUAAAUAUACAGUUAAUGACCUGGAACUUAGAACUAUCUAUGGUUGCUAUCGGAAUGUCAGGUAGAAACUAAUUCCACUAUAGUAUUGGGAUUGGACUCAGGACUGAUCCCUCCACACCUUCCCACGGGGUCACUGGACUCGAGUGGCUGCUAGACACACACUUAAUGCCCUUUCAGCCCUUUGAAGGUAAACAUCAUGGACUUGAAAAUGUUUACGGGGCUGUAUGUCCAAUGGUUAAACCUUUACCAUUCAGAUGCAUUUUAAAUAAAGCGAGUGUGGUUUAUACACGACAUGCGCCAUCCUACUGACAAUGGGACCCACAAGGAAAGGCGAUGAAUGAUUAGCUCGUAAGUUCUUCCGCCAGACAUCUGUGAUGAAACGAGCCGAAGUGAUUGUGAAAUUCAGUAGAAGAACAUGGUAAGAGACUAAAAGAAAAAAUAAAUGUUAGACCAAGCCCAGAAGUUAAAACUCCUAAUAAAACUUUUCCUUGUUUGUUAUACCAUUAAAACAGAUUAGGGGGAAAUGACAGCUUCCACAGCACCAGUCAGAAACCCUACAGGGGAGCCAAAUAUACGUACGUUCUGCCGAAAGGGGGAGACAUUCCCAUUUCACCUGGACUUCAAACUCUGGCCCCCACCACCACGCCCUGUGCACUUUUACAAUAGAGACUAAUGGAGGGAGCCUGUUGGUAUUGUUUACAUUUCUUUAUAUAAAUAAUGUGCUUUCAGUGCCUUAGUUACGGGUCCCUUUCUUUUUCUUGUUCCACAAAUCCUGGAAUGCGUUUCUUAGGUAAAAGUGUCUUUUUGCUACUCACUGGGAGUGGUUUCUAAGCCACUGGUCAUUGUGGUAAACAUUACUUUGUGAUGUCAUCAGGAGAAGAGAGCUUGAUGCUGAGACAGCGGUUGCCUUAGACCUAUUAUUUAUGCUGUAGAGAACGAAAACGGUCUCGUCACAUGCUGAGCUUCAGAUUAGAUAUGGCCCUAAAGUUGUCUUGUACUGACCUUACAUUUUUAUUUCAGAUGAGAAUCUUGGUUUUGGUAAUUUAUUUUUUAAAAAUCAUUAUGUGCAAAACACCAAGUUUUAAAAAUAACUCACAGAAUGGCCUUAGUUUUCAGUGUCCACUGGUAUGUACGUGAGUUGUGUUACCUGUAAUAUAGAUCCCAGAAUAAAGUGGAGUGAAUUAA